UGCAGAAGGAAACUGUGGUUAAUCCACUUCCGGCUCAUACUUUUGGCGAAGAGUGAAAUGACAGUUGUGCCUGGGCCCGCGGGUUGAUGUGACAGCCCUCUGACGUCCCAUUACAGCACAGUGACUAGCCACACGGUUGGGGGGAACGAGGUAGAGAAGUGGCUGCAGCAACGUGUUUUGCUCUGCUCAUCCUAGCCGGGUUCGUACAUGGAGAACGAGCCUGGAAUCGUGUCCCCUUUCAAACGAGUCUUCUUGAAAGGCGAGAAAGGACGGGAUAAAAAGGCCCAGGAGAAGGUUACUGAGAGACGCCCGCUUCACACCGUCGUGCUGUCCUUGCCCGAUCGAGUUGAACCAGACAUACUGCUGAAUGACUACAUCGAAAAGGAAGUUAAGUAUUUAGGCCAAUUAACAUCUGUCCCUGGAUACCUGAAUCCCUCCAGUCGUACUGAAAUCCUUCAUUUAAUAGAUAAUGCCAAGAGAGCACAUCAGCUCCCAGGGCAGCUGACCCAGGAGCACGACGCGGUGAUUAGUCUGUCCGCUUACAACAUCAAGCUGGUGUGGAGGGAUGGAGAAGACAUCAUACUCAGGGUCCCCAUCCACGAUAUUGCAUCGGUGUCAUACAUCCGGGAUGACUCCUCCCACCUGGUGGUGCUGAAAACAGCUCAGGACCCUGGGAUUUCUCCAAGUCAGAGUCUCUGUGCCGAAAGCUCCAAAGCCCUCACGUCUGGGUCGCUGUCGGAGAGUGGAGUGGUACCUGUCGAAGCUUGCUGUUUGGUGGUCCUGGCUACAGAGAAUAAAGUAACCGCAGAGGAGCUCUGCUCACUGCUCAGCCAAGUCUUCCAGAUUGUUUACACUGAGUCCACCAUCGACUUCUUAGACAGAGCAAUAUUUGAUGGGGCCUCGACACCCACGCGGCACAUGUCCCUGCACAGCGAUGACUCUUCUACAAAAGUGGACAUUAAAGAAUCUUACGAAACAGAAGCAAGCACUUUUUCCUUUCCAGAGUCCUUGGAUACAGGGGGCAACUCCCCCACUUCCUUCUCAACACAGCCGUCUCCACACGUUAAGACAGUUAGCGAAAGUGAGCUGAGCACCACGGCGACGGAGCUGCUACAGGACUACAUGAUGACGCUAAGAACGAAGCUCUCGUCCCAAGAGAUCCAGCAGUUUGCAAUGCUUCUCCACGAGUAUCGCAACGGGGCUUCGAUCCAUGAGUUCUGUAUCAACCUGAGACAGCUCUAUGGGGACAGCAGGAAAUUCUUGUUACUAGGCCUCAGACCGUUCAUUCCGGAAAAGGACAGCCAGCACUUUGAGAACUUCUUGGAGACCAUCGGCGUGAAGGACGGGCGCGGGAUCAUCACGGACAGCUUUGGGAGGUACAGGCGGACAAUGAGCACCACCUCCAACUCUACCACCAACGGCAACGGUGCCGCCGGCAGCUCAGACGACCAGUCUGUGCCCUCAGAGGAGGACGAGUGGGACCGGAUGAUCUCUCACAUCAGCAACGACAUUGAAGCCUUGGGGUGCAGCAUGGACCGUGACUCCUCUUGAGAGACAGCAGGGGGGAGGGAGGGGAAGAAGACAAGGCAGCUCCCUCUCCUGAGGCUGUGUCCUUCUCCCUUCCACCCCCCUUACGGACCUCAGCAACACUCGCUACCGUCUUCCUGACCUUUUAUUCGGAAAGAGGUUCUCGGGAUGAACCGGGGCGUGAUUACCUGCUCCUCCCUCCCUGCCUUGGCAGUGGCUUCACUGGCCCCAGCAGGCACUUUUGGCUGGCAGCUGGUGCCCCCUUACUGUGAAGGCGUGUGUGUGCACGUGUGAGCAAGGAGCCUGGGCUGGGGGACAAGAUAUGGGUCCCUUCCUCAGACUUCUUGCAACAGCCUCCAUGGCGCCACCACGACGGUCCGAGGUGCUGGGGGGGGGAAAGGGGCUUAUGCAGAGGAGAAGGAGCAUUGCGCUAGGAGCCUCUGGCCGGUUUCAGUUUUGCACACAAUAUUCCUCUUGUAACUCAGACUCUCUCUCUUUCUCUCUCUUUUUUUUUUAAAUGAAGUUUACUACAAUGUGAAUAAUUUAAACUUAUUGUCGGUGUCAUCAGAACAUGUCUAGCCGAAGCUGCAAGGUUGCCUGUUGCAGCGCCAAUGCAUUUGCUGGCCCGAGAGGGAGCUUUGCAAACACGACUGCCUUGCCCUGCCUUUGCAGUUGGCUGCCACGGACAACCUUGGCCGUUAUCUGUCUAGCGCUUAGGUUUGGGUGCGGCAUCUCAUACAGGUGAACGAUGGUGUGCUUGGCACCCUCCUUGUCCAAAACCUGGUGCUGAGGCCUGUCUUGCAGUCUGGUGUGGCUGGCAGCCGUUGCUUGGGAAAAGCAGCGAAGAGUGGAAGCACGUAGUUACCUCUUACGAAGCUGCUGGUCAGGCCUGAUGUGUGUAGGUGUUGAGUGUAUGGGUGUGGGGGUGUGGGAGCGUGUCCAGUUCUGCCAGCCCCCAGUCUACACAAGCACAGUUGCUCACUUGGUCUCGAUGCCAGGCCAGUUCCCUGCUGCUCCCUCAAGGGUGCCAUGGUGCACGUAUGCCUCCGCAACACCCCGUGCAUGGGAGACCUUGCGCACCUCCUGCUGGGCUGGUUUUGAGGCAUUCAGAGUGCUGAAUAUAUGCAAGGUUCAACCCCGAAGAAGGGCAGGGAAUUUCCAAUAGGAUGUGACAUCUGCAUGUUCAUCUGCUCAGGACUUCCACUGUAAAGAUGCAGUGACCAGGAAACCCUAAAUCUGGCUGAAGUUGAACCUCAGUGGCUCCUUUGGGGGGGAUCUCUGUUCUGUUUGAAGGGCGAGAGUUGGCAGCAGGUCGAAGAACUCACGAAGUAAACUUUCUACAAAGCUAGCCAUGGGGUAUAUAAUGCAGUGUACACAUUGGACAUAUCAUACAUGCAAUUGUACUUAUUUUUUUAUCCAUGUGCCAUGCCAUAACGUCCGUACCACCCGCUGCCAUGGAGCUGUGGAGGAGCACGGCAGCUGAGACAUUAGCCAUCACAUCCUGAAAGGCCCUAUCCAUUACAGCGCUCUGUGGGGGGAGCAGGCACUGCUCUUCUUGCUGUAACCAAAAGCUCUUCAGGGAUACAAGGUACCAGCCCCAGGAAGCUGGACCGAGCCAGCCUUUCUUUUCUCCUUUCAUAAAAGAGAAAUCCAGAGGGAAUUUCAGUGCGUCCUGAGCACAAAUGCCAGCUGGCCUAGCCAGCCGUUCUCUUCCCCCAGAUCCUGGUGCUUCAAGGCCCUGGUUUUUCCCACCUGUUGCCAUUUGUAGUUUGUACACACGGUGCUGCCAAGCUGACGCGCCUCAGCGGGAUUCCUCUCGCUGGACCUAAGGGAAGACGCCCAGACGAGAGUUCAGGGUUCAGCUUUGGUCUUUGCUGCUCUUUUAACAGGUUUUCCUCGUCUUCGGUUGAAUUGGAAGAUUACGCUGCCAGCUCGCGAUGGGGCGACAGCUAAAGCUGAGCCAUGUUAAAAGGCCACGCAGAUUUCUUGGCACUCUUUUGGACCCUCUACGUUUCGUUUUUUCCGUGAGGAGCCAGCUCGAGCACGAGCGGGACUGACGCAUGAGUUACCGCCUAGGAGCGGCCUCUCGAUGAGAGCAGAACUGGGCCCGGGAAAUCCAGGGACCCAACGGGACAGUUUCUUAGGACAGGGAAUCUCGUGGCUUGGGUUAAAGACCCUUCAGCUGAGCAUGAGCUGCCAGCGCCGCAGUUUGAGUCCCCAAGUGUCUGGCCUUGCCUUGGGAGGAGACACCUGAGCCCCUCGGGGAGGAUUCGUUGCUUCCUGCCUACCUGUGAUAAAUACCCUGGGCCGCAGCCGAAGGAGCGGGAGAGGGGAACGCUUGCUGGCUGCCUCGCCAGGCGCUGGCGUCCUGUCCCUGGAAGCACGUUCUUCGGAGCGCUGGACCUGUCCGCAUUGCAGCGUCCCAGGUGGCUGCUGUCCUGGAGCCUUUUGCCUGCUGUUCACUGCUUCAUCUUGCUGCUCCUCUGUAUCUCACUUGGCCCCCCGAAAACAUCUGAAGCUUCUUGACAUUUCUACCUCUCCGGCACCUAUCAGCAGUCACGCACCACUUCCCCAGCCCCCUGUUCUUCAUUUAGCCAAGCUAUUUAUGUUAUUUUUCCCUCUAUAAAUCAAUCCCCUUGACCACUUCUCUCCAUUUGAGCCUGCUUGCUGGGACCAGCUUUGUGGCCCCUGGCAUGGUGGAAAAUCUUCCUUGCAGUUUCGAGGGGGCACAACAGGGGCUCUGAGGUCUGUGGCAAGGAGUCGGGGUCCAUAACAGGUCCUUGUCGCUCAUCUCCGGGUGUCUGUCACCGUUCCUGAGCUUGGCUUGCAUCACAGCCAUGCCCGGUGAAGGAUGGUUUGUCUCGGCCCCCCACCCCAAACACGCCAGCUGUUCAUGCCAAGGAGAAGGGGAAGGGUGGGAACAGGCGAUCCCUUGCACCACAAUCAUCCUCUUACAUUAAAAGGAACGAGUGCAGUGUUCAUUUGUGUAUAUAUAGGUGCUUUUCCCCCCUCAAAUUUGUGCUUGGGGCGGGGAGGAAGUUGUUGACUGCGAAGUCACAGUGCAGCAUUCACUCUGCACAGACCAGGCUCGCUGGUUGACUUCUUCCACGGGUUGCCUUGCCCAGCAGUGGAGUGCAGGCCAUCCGCGGGGAGGAGAUCGGCUGGAUCGCCUGGAAUCGGAUGGUUAGAUGCACGCCGCGGAGGCACCUGGGAAGGCGGUGGCAGGUGUACGGAGCAGCAACGGCUCCCACGGACCUCCUUACGGGAUGGUCAAGCAUGCAGCACGCUGGCCAUCUCCAUUGGGUCCAGUCUCUGAAGAGCUUCACCACGGCACUGCCCUCAAGGACACUUGCCAGGAGAUCUCCCAGCCCUGACUCGCUCCUUUGCAAAGUUGGUAAUAAAACUACCGUGUCCCCACACAGCACGACGUUCACAUCCGCGAUGCCUCAGCAUAGCAGCCCGUCGUGGUAGUGUCAGCACGUCUUGAUACGACGUCCUGGUCUGAGCAAAGACGAGGCAGCAGGUCGGAGAUACCAAUGCUUGGGACAUAGAAUAUCCCGCAAGUCAAAUGCAUGGGAUGGAGGCAUGGAAAGCAAAGGGUGUCUCCUGUUGGAUGAAGCUAUCUGCACGCUCCCAGAAAACCAGGCUCCUCUCUCUGUCUGUUGGUGCAGGGUUUUCCAAGAUCUUAUUUGGGAAGAGUAUCAACUAGGCCAAAUGUGUCCCUGGGGUAGCUCUGCAGCAUACUAAGGCCCAGGAUUUAGGCUGCCUUAUCCCAAGAGGAGAUGCUUUCCAAGUCGAGGGUAACCAGAUGUCGAGAAGAAUCUAUAGCUUCUCGCAUGAUGCCUCAGAGGCGGGGGAAGAGGAAGAAAGCCUGUUACCUGCUGGUGCUCAGCACUUUCUCCCAGCACCGAGGGACUAAAGAGGGCAUUCUCCAAGUGUCAAGAGCAAGGUCCUCGAUGAAGAGGAUCCUGACGUAGCCAGUUGCAGCUGGCGCUGGCCGGGUGCUAACCUCCCAUGAAAGCUGCAGGAGUUUCAUGGCUUUGGGUCCAGCCUGAGCUCGCACAUCGCUUCCCUGCCUCGAUAGAGAACCUGGGUUUCCGCUCUGCUGCCUGACUCCAGCGACAUGUAGGGAUGCGGUGGGUCCAGCCCGCGGUCUGUUUUCUCUGGACGACUGCAACAAGUAAUAUUUUCAUCCUGACUCGGCUUCGGGAGGAAGCUCUGAGAGCCCACGGCCUCGGGCUGUGCCGUGGGGGCCUCACCGGAGUGGGGAAAGUCAGCCUGGGCUUCACCCCGUGAGAGAGGAGCGGGGCGGCACGGAUGGACGCGGUACCCCUGACCCAAAGGGCUGGCCGUGCUUCUCCACCCAUCGCUCGCUGCAUCCUGCUCUCCUUUGCUGCUUCACCCCGCGGAUUCCUGCUUGGUGCCUCGCUGGCAGGGCCAGAGGGAUGGUGACUUGGACACGGCGCAGGUGACGAUGGGGUCUCGGGCUAUGCAGGGGGCCUUGGUCUCCUUAACCCUUGUCGGGGCAGCCUGACCAAGCCUGCGCAGUCUGAGACCUCGACAGGUCCGCACAGCCGCCAGGUCCUGCACGCUGGGCCCUGCAGGGCAGAACAAGGAUCCUGGCCCUCGAUCUGCAGGGGAAGAGGCUUGUUGCUGGUGCUGCUGUUGCAGACCUGGGGGUGAAAUGGCCACGUCACCUACUCCCUGCAGCCUAUCUGCACGACCAAGGCCUCUGGCGGGCAUGUGGAGGGAAGAUCCCUAUCGAGGCCGCGCAGCACAAAGCCCAGCGGUACGUUGCUGUCACGAGGGGCGUCUCCCGGCCCUGUGCCCAGCAUGGACUUCUGAGUGCCUUUUUGUACAGUCACGGUUACAACAGUCCUCGGAGGCUGAUGCGAAUCAAAGACCCUAUUUUUGCAACACUUGUACAGCGAGAUCUCUAGUAAGGGAGACCUAACAGCUGCAGUAUUUUUGUACACGCCGUUUGGGGGGCACCGGGACUGAACUGUGGCACUCAGCUGCGUUCGUCAUCAUCAUCAUCACUUUUGAUGGAGCAGGUGAGUGAGAAACGGGUGCUGGAGCCCGGAUCGAUCCCGAGUUGCCCUUAAGCACACCUCCCUCCUUCCCCCCCCGGGUCUGCCGGGGAAAGACACGGCCCUUUCCUUGCUUGUGGCAGGCUUUCGGGUGGUCCGAGCUACCAAAGAUCCCGUCGAGCUCAGCACGUCGACAUGGGGAUGGUGCGUUUGGGUUGAGUUGUGAUGCUUUUUGCCUUGGUUUCACCCUGACGUUAUUUUGAUGCCGUUUGGGGUUUUGGGGGGGGGGUUUUGUAUGUCUGUAUGUACGUUUGCUUUAUGUAUGGAGUAUUUGUUACAGGUAAAUAUAAUUCUGCACCUGA